AUGUUUCUCAGUGUAUUGUUUUUAACAUUCUUAGCAAAUUUAACGAACGCUUCAACGUUAUCAUCAUGGGGUGCUUUAAGGAACUUUCCUUCGGACGAGGAAUGUUUGAAUUAUACAGUAUACCCGGUGCAAUACGACUUAAUAAUAUAUCCCCACAUUUUAAUAAACGCAGGCUCGUACUACGAUUGUCAACUGACAGUGAUGGUGUUCGCAAAUGCUCCAAAUAUCAGAGUUAUUGAAAUGGACGCUCAUGAUAUGAAUGUUUCACAUGCAAGUGUUUCGUUUGCGGGUACGGAGAUUGCGACUAGGUUUGAACAUAGAGGCGGCAAAUUAUUAAUUUACUUAAAUCAACCGUUGGAGUACAGUGUUCAUAAAUAUCUGUAUCAAAUAAAUAUAACAUAUAGGAAGUAUUUGAGAACUGAUACCGAAGGGGUUUUCAUUGUGCCUUACGACCACGAUGGGACGAAGUAUCUCUUCGUAACUCGUCCCUCGCCGGACCGAGCGAAGUACUUCGUUCCCUGUUUCGACAACCCGCGUUUCGAGUCUGUAUUCAAGAUCAAGGUGAUCAUGACCAACAGCGCCCGUUACCAGCGCGCCAAUACCAGUCUCACUAUUGCUUCGGAGAACACCAAACUAGAUGAUCAUGGCAACAGAGUCAUUAUAGACUAUCUUCCAUCAUCACAAAUUAAACUACACCAGCUGGGCUUCCAUUAUUCAGAUUACUCCUACAUAUCCGUCUCCAGCACUAGAACCAAUGACACUGUCUUCAUUUGGGCCCCUAAAAAUAAAUUAAGGGCCCAUAACUUUAUCUUGCGUUACACUGACAAGAUGCUAAAGCUGAUACACGAAUACGCCAACGAUAAUAGACCUUUGGUUCUUGGACCUAUCAAUAUUGUCUCAGUUCCAAGUAGACUGGAUGGAUAUGAAAUUGGAAGCUGGAAUCUUUUAACUAAUGACGAGGUACAUUUAAUGCACGUCGAUGAAUUUACAAGCAUCAAGCAAAAGGAGCGGAUGACCUUUGAGCUCGUGCAACAAUUGAGCAGGAUUUGGCUUGGAAACCCCGGUGAAUCCCAACCGUCUAUGUGGAGAGAAGAGUGGUUCAAAGAGGGACUGGCAACUUAUUUGGCUUACUAUUUUUGGACUCAGUACCAGCAAAAUGGUCAAUCCUUGCAACAUGCCGUGCCCAUCCGUCACCACGGACUCCACAUGAGAUUUAAAGCCAUGCAGGAAGACAGUUAUUAUAGCGUACCAGCACUGACUUCCUUCAAUCAUACUCUCAUGAUUGAACACGGUCUUCGAUACAGAACUUUGAUAGCGCAUAAAACUGCUUCUUUACUUUGGAUGCUUGAAGACUGGAUUGGUUCCGACAAGUUUCAUAAGGCUUUAGUUAAAUAUGUUAACUUAAGACGUGGUAAAGCAAUGAGUUUCCUAGGAUUCUUGGAAUUUUUAGACCAAGAGGCAGUGGAGUGUAUGAAACUUUUGAACGGUACUUUAGCAUCUACCACCAUGAGUACUUGGUUCAGCGAGGCUGGUUAUCCCGUACUUAAUGUCAAUGUAUUUAGGGACCGGAAUCCUGAAGUAAUUCAAUUGAAACAGCAACGCUUCAACUUCAACCACAAUCAUCGCUUCGACUCUCAUUUCCUGAUCCCGAUUUCAUAUAUAGUGCAGAAUAAACAAAAUUGUAUAAAUUGUGACGAAGCAAGACUUCUAGUGAGGAGUCAAACUUAUACCUUCGAAGAAAGUCUUACUGGAGGCUGGAUCAUUUUCAACAGAAAUGCUUCUGGUUACUAUCGCGUCAAUUACGAUAGCUACACAUGGCAGCUUAUUGCGAAAACUUUAAAGGAAAAUUAUCGUGCAGUUGAUGAGCAAAACAGAGCACAGAUAGUGGACGAUGUAUUUGCUCUGUACAUGGCGGGAGACAUAGACCUGUUUCAAGCGGAGCAAAUUCUGGACUAUUUGGACCAGGAGACAAGUGCUAUUGUUUGGGACGCCGUUCUCAACGGUUAUCAAAUGCUAAAGGAGAAAGAGGCUAAUCGCCAUUUGGACAGAUAUUUGUAUGAAUAUUGGCAGAAAUUCAUGGAGGAAAAAGUAAGCAAAACAUACCACCGUCUAAGAAAUGAAAUAGAGCAACAGGCUUCAGCUCGGAUAUUCCGAAGCAAGGUCACCGAGCUAGCGUGUGCUAUAUUACUACCAGAAUGCAUCCAAGAUAUGCUCGCCGAUAAUCGUGGACAUCAAUUGCAAAGGAAAAAAUGGGAUGCCGACACUCGUGAAACUUGUUUCCAAGUGCUUUAUGAUAAAGACAGAAACUUCGAAAAAUACGCUUUUAACUCCUUCGAAGCAGAAGAAAAGGUUAUCGCUGAGAGAAAACAGAGAAAUGAACGUUUAUUCUGGAACGGGCUACCUCAGGGUACUCCUAUAGCGAAGCCAUACGUGUCCUCUUCGCCAGUGCCUACAAUUUGUACAACCUGUACAACCAUCACAAGCGCUCUUGAGCAUCCAACAACGCAGCCUACGGGAUAUGCUACUAAGACAGCAUCACCGGUGAGCUUCGCUACCCUAUUUGUAACCAUCGUAGCCAUACUCAUUGCCACAGUGAGAUAAUGAAAGUAACGAACGAAAAUUCGAAAAUACUCUUUUAAUCAGCCAAUUUUCAGCACACGUAGUAAGUGACGGGACAAACAAGUCGUGCGCCUGGUGGUAAGCGACACGCAUAUCCAUAACAUAAUUGUAUGUCAGUGAUAGUUUUUGUGUUCAUUUUUGUACCAAAUUGAACAGCGCUAUGUAUUUAACACAUAACAUUUGAUUUGUUACUAAUCGUUGAAACUUUUACACCAGCAUAUUUCCCUAUGUACUGAAUAAUCAAUGUAAACAUAGUACCUCUUUUUAGACAAGUAUUGUGAAUGAUGUGUGACAAACUAGUGGCUGAUCGUUAACAUGACAAUUUUCAAUACCAUAUUAUUAUUGAUUAUGCCUUUAGGUGAUUUUACCUCUCAUAAAGGAUCUUUAAGUCCAUAAUCGAGUUCUUAAGGUGCGUCUACGCUUACGAGCCGAGCACGAGCCGAACACGAGCUGAGCACGAAUUCGUGUAGUGUGGACUGACCUACGAGGCUCGAACGAGCGCGCGCCGACCGUUCGGAUCGUGCUCAAUUGCGUUCCGCCAAUUGUCGGUUUUUUGACAAACACAAAAGCAUUUGCAUCGCACUCGCAGUGCGCUCGUAGACGUGUUUAGUGAUAGACGCUUCGCUCGAGCCGACCAUCAUGGACACGUGGUCAGAAGAAGUUUGUUCGCAAAAAUAAUCCACUCGUCUUGGCCCUAAUAUAACAUAAUAUAAUAUAAUAAUUGCUGCAGCAGCUGCUGCAUUAGCUAAAUUGUCCAUGUUUGCCACGGGUCGCGUGCACACUGCGGAAAGCUACGUCGAUCACUGUCCUCGAGGACAGUGAUCGAUGGAGGCUCAUUGUGCGUCCACACUUGAUGACGUAGAUAUGUAGACGCACCUUUAGGUUUUCGCGAUUGUGUAAACAUAUGAUUUUUCUGAUCUAAAUCGCGUAUAUUUGUUUAUUCAAACAUCGCAACUUUUAGGCCCUUUACAGGUCUCAAAUC